UCGUCAAAAGUUAGCCUGCAGUGUUGCUCCUGAUUCCUUUCACAUGGCUCACUACCACAGGUUUGUGACAGUUUGCUAAGGCCAUGAGCUCCUCGGAGACCCCGCAGCCUCUCCUGGCACAACUCCAGUGUUUGGCGCAGAGAGUUGAUGUCCAGCAGGCCUAUCAGGAACGUAUUAUGCAGUGUCUGCAGGAACUUUCCUCCCAGUUGAAUCAGCUGCAGGUUGUGUCCACUUCCUCACCCUCUGUUUCAGCUCCUGCUCCGGUUCAUGCUGCUUCAACCCCUGCUGUUCUUCCAGUGGAACACAGUCACUCAAAACAUCAGCUGCCUCCACCGCCUCACUUCUUUGGUGAUCCCAAAGCUUGUCGGGGCUUCAUCAAUCAGUGCUCAAUUCACUAGCAGCCCACCAUUUUUCUACUGACCAUUCCAAGGUGGCAUACAUGAUUUCCCUUCUUUCUGGUGAAGCAUUGGCUUGGGCCUCG